AAAACCUUGGAACUGCCGUUUGUACUGCUGCUGCACAACAACAACACCAGAGGGUUGAUGGGUAAUGAAGACGUAAUUUCCUGGCAUCGGAAGUGGCGUCACGUCGAAAAGCCCUCUGGGAAGCGCCGGUAUCGGGAGAAAAAACGUGUUUUUGAGCGAGCUAAAAACAAUUCACCUGUCAAUGCCGCAGAAAUGGAAGCGAAAGUGGAGUCAUACAAACGUUAUAUCUGUUCGUUUAGCGGCUGCUCGGCUGCCUACAACAAACAGUGGAAACUGGACGCUCACUUGUGUAAGCACACAGGGGUGAAGCCGUACUCGUGCGAGCGCGACGGCUGCAGUAAGGCGUUCUGUAGUAAGUACCACCUAGCGAGGCACGAGCUCAGUCACAGCGGAGAGAAGCCUUUCCGGUGCACCGUGGACGGCUGCGCGGAGGCCUUCACCACCAACGCAAACCGGGCCCGACACAUCGGCCGCAUCCACUGCCUGGAGCCGAGGAAAUACGUCUGCAUGUUUGAGGGCUGCGGCCUCGAGUUCAAGAAGAACAAACAGCUCAAAUCUCACAUGUGUGAGCAGCACACUCAGCUGCCCCCUUAUCAGUGCACUUACGAAGGCUGCCAGAUGCGAUUCAGCUUCCCCAGCAAACUGAAGCGUCACGAGAAGGUCCACAGAGGGUACCCCUGCAAAGAGGAGAGCUGUGUCUUCACGGGGAAGACCUGGACCGAGUACUUGAAGCACAGGAAGGAGCAGCAUAGAGUCACCCUGAAGUGUGAGCAGUGUAGCCGAGUGUUCAGGGACACCUGGUUUCUGCAGCAGCAUCAGCACAUCCACUCUGAAAUGAGAGUGGUCCUCAAAUGUCCCAGGGAUACCUGUGACAGGUCGUUCACCACUGCCUUCAACCUACAGAGCCACAUCAGCUCCUUCCACGAGGAGCACCGACCCUUCGUCUGCACCCAUGCCGGCUGUGGGAAGACGUUCGCCAUGAACCAGAGCCUCCAGCGUCACAGCGUCGUCCACGACCCACAGAGGAAGAAGCUGAAGAAGCCAAGAGCCAAAAGAUCUCUUGCUUCGAGGUUAAGCGGUUACUGUGAAACAAAGAGAGUGGUCUACAAAAUGCAACCCGAACAUGCAGCGCAUAAACAGUCUUCACAAGAGAAAGCUGACCAGCCUGGCCCUUUUGAGCUGGUGUCUCUCCUACAGGACGCAUCCUUGCUGUGCAGCCCUGCUGUGGACAGGCAGGGACUUACAAACACCCUGGCUACACCAUUAUCAGUGUAGCGUCAAAUGAAGAGGAGCACCCCAGUUUUGUGUGGACAGCAGGCACUUUAACAGAGCAUUUAUAAUAUAUAUUAUUUGUGACAUGGUUGUUGGGAGUCUUGGUGUUGAACACUGGUCAUUGGUUGAUUCAUUAUAAUUUACAGUCUUUCUGAAAGGGAAUUCAGAAUGAAGAAGUGGAACGUGAUCCUGGUUGUCUGUCCUCUGGGUUAUGUCCGCUGCAGUGUUUCAUUGUAGAAAAACAUUACACUGUUUUGUUUUUCCCCAGAGCCAUUCAGUUAAUUAUGUUUGGUGUUUGUAUUUAAGAAAAUAUAUUUUUUUUACUGUAUAAAACUUGAAAAAAUGUGAUGGGUGUUUUGUUACUACAUAAUGACAGUAUUUCAAUAAAACCUGUGGAAUGUA